AUGAGACAGGAGAACCACAGCAGCGUGUCCGAGUUCCUCCUCCUGGGGCUCCCCAUCCGUCCAGAGCAGCGGGGGGUCUUCUUCGCCCUGUUCCUGGCUAUGUACCUGACCACGGUGCUGGGGAACCUGCUCAUCAUCCUGCUCAUCAGGCUGGACUCGCGUCUCCACACCCCCAUGUACUUCUUCCUCAGCUAUUUGGCCCUCAAUGAUGUGUGUCUCUCAUCUGUCACUGUCCCAAAGACGUUGAUGAACUUGCACACUAAUGACAAGUCCAUCCCCUAUGCGGGGUGCAUUUCGCAAACUUAUUUUUUAAUAUUGUUUGGCUGUCUUGACAAUUUCCUUCUGGCAGUGAUGGCCUAUGACAGGUACGUGGCCAUCUGUCAGCCCCUGCACUACAACACCAUCAUGAGGCCGGAGCUGUGUGUCUCCUUAGUUGCUGGGUCCUUUCUCUUCUGCAGUGUCCACUCUCUGUUGCAUGCCCUGCUCCUGGCCCGACUGUCAUUCUGUGCUGACAGUACCAUCCACCACUUCUUCUGUGACCUCACUACACUCCUGAAGAUGAGCUGCUCAGACAUCUCCCUCAAUGAGUUGGUCCUCUUCAUUGAGGGAGGGAUGAUUGUCAUGGUUCCUUUGAGUGGCAUCUUGGGCUCCUAUAUCCGGAUUUGGACUAUGGUUCUGAGAGAGCCCUCUGUUAAGAAAUUCUUCAAAGUCCUGUCCACCUGUGGCUCCCACCUCCUCGUUGUGGCUUUGUUCUACGGGACCAUUGCAGAAGUUUACUUUUUCUCCUCAUCAUCCACCUCCAAUGAUAAAAAUAUAACUGGUUCUGUGAUGUAUAUGGUUGUCACCCCCCUGCUAAACCCCUUCAUCUACAGCCUGAGAAACAGAGACAUGAAACGUGCCCUGGAAACCUUUGUGAACCGGGCUAAGUUCCUUAUGUCCAAAGACUCAAUCUGA